UGAUCGUCCGAUUUGUGUGUUAGCAGGCAAGGAGUUAGCGGAAGAAACUAUAGAAUAUUAGACUUUAAUUAAUUCUGUGAAAUAUAUUCAUUGUAAGCCGUCAUUAUGGCUGAUAACAAGAAUCCUGAUGACUUGGCAACAGCAAUCCUGAAGAAAAAAGACAAGCCUAACAGACUGAUCGUUGAGGAGGCUGUAAAUGAUGACAACUCUGUCGUUGCUUUGUCGCAGGCCAAGAUGGACCAGCUUCAGUUGUUCAGAGGAGACACAGUUUUACUUAAGGGCAAACGCAGGAAGGAGACAGUGUGCAUCGUCUUGUCGGACGAGACGUGUUCCGACGAGAAAAUAAGAAUGAACAGAGUCGUGAGGAACAAUUUGAGAGUGAGAUUGUCGGACGUUGUGUCAGUUCAGCCGUGCCCAGACGUCAAGUACGGGAAACGCAUCCACGUUCUUCCCAUUGACGACACUGUCGAAGGACUCACCGGAAACCUAUUUGAAGUAUAUUUGAAGCCAUACUUCCUGGAGGCGUACCGACCUAUCCACAAGGGAGACGCAUUCAUUGUCCGAGGUGGUAUGCGUGCUGUUGAGUUCAAGGUGGUGGAAACCGACCCUUCGCCUUACUGCAUCGUAGCUCCCGACACAGUUAUACACUGUGAAGGUGACCCGAUCAAGCGAGAGGAAGAAGAGGAGGCACUGAACGCAGUAGGCUACGACGACAUUGGUGGUUGCCGCAAACAGCUGGCACAAAUCAAGGAGAUGGUUGAGCUGCCGUUACGUCAUCCGAGUCUGUUCAAGGCCAUCGGAGUGAAGCCGCCGCGCGGUAUACUGCUGUACGGACCACCUGGAACAGGAAAAACACUGAUCGCCCGCGCCGUCGCUAAUGAAACCGGCGCUUUCUUCUUCCUUAUCAAUGGUCCUGAAAUCAUGAGCAAACUGGCCGGUGAGUCGGAAAGCAACCUUCGCAAAGCCUUUGAGGAAGCAGACAAGAACGCUCCUGCUAUUAUAUUUAUUGAUGAGUUGGACGCUAUUGCUCCUAAGAGAGAAAAGACUCACGGAGAGGUGGAGCGUCGUAUCGUCUCCCAGCUGCUGACGCUGAUGGACGGCCUGAAACAGAGCUCUCACGUUAUUGUGAUGGCAGCCACGAACCGACCAAAUUCCAUCGACGCGGCGCUGCGUCGUUUCGGCCGGUUUGACAGAGAGAUUGACAUCGGCAUCCCUGACGCCACCGGCCGGUUGGAGGUGUUGCGUAUCCACACCAAGAACAUGAAACUGGCUGAUGACGUAGAUUUAGAACAGAUAGCAGCAGAGUCGCACGGUCACGUAGGUGCUGACUUGGCCUCUCUCUGUUCCGAGGCUGCCUUACAACAGAUCAGAGAGAAGAUGGACCUGAUCGAUUUGGAAGACGAUCAGAUCGACGCUGAGGUUCUCAACUCUCUGGCAGUCACAAUGGACGACUUUAGGUACGCCAUGAGUAAGAGCAGCCCGAGCGCGCUGAGAGAGACAGUCGUAGAAGUGCCUAACGUCACCUGGGAAGACGUCGGAGGUCUGGAGAACGUCAAGCGGGAGUUGCAGGAGUUGGUACAGUACCCCGUGGAACAUCCUGACAAGUUCCUCAAGUUCGGCAUGCAGCCAUCACGCGGAGUGCUGUUCUACGGCCCACCGGGUUGCGGUAAGACCUUGCUGGCCAAGGCGAUCGCUAACGAGUGUCAGGCUAACUUCAUCUCCGUCAAGGGACCGGAGCUGCUCACCAUGUGGUUCGGAGAGUCCGAGGCCAACGUCAGAGAUAUUUUCGACAAGGCCAGGGCUGCAGCCCCUUGUGUGUUGUUCUUUGAUGAGCUGGAUUCCAUCGCAAAGUCGAGAGGUGGCAACGUAGGUGACGCGGGCGGUGCGGCCGACAGAGUCAUCAAUCAGAUCCUUACUGAGAUGGACGGAAUGGGCGCUAAGAAGAACGUGUUUAUCAUUGGAGCAACAAACAGACCAGACAUCAUUGACCCUGCAAUUCUUCGUCCUGGAAGAUUAGACCAGCUUAUAUACAUUCCUCUGCCUGACGAGAAGUCUAGAGAAGCUAUCUUUAAAUCUAAUCUACGUAAAUCUCCUGUAGCAAAGGAUGUAGACCUCACAUAUUUAGCCAAGGUAACUCAUGGCUUCUCUGGUGCCGAUCUCACAGAAAUCUGCCAAAGAGCGUGCAAACUUGCGAUCAGACAGUGCAUAGAAUCAGAGAUAAGACGGGAGCGAGAGCGAGCCAACAACCAAGUUAUGGAUAUGGACGAGGAAGACCCUGUUCCAGAGAUCGUAAGAGCUCAUUUUGAGGAGGCGAUGAGGUUCGCGCGACGCUCUGUAACUGACAACGAUAUCCGCAAGUACGAGAUGUUUGCUCAGACUCUGCAACAGUCUCGUGGCUUCGGCACCAACUUCAGAUUCCCCUCCGGAGGUCCGCAGAAUGCCGGUGGAGCCCCUGGCAACGACCAACCUACGUUCCAAGAUGACGGGGACGAUGACCUCUACAGCUAAGCCUAACCAAGCUCACAUCCUCUCCUGGAGAGACUUAAGUUUUCUUUUCGAGUUAAAAACAUUUAUUCAUUUGAUGUAUCACUAAACUGUGUUUUUGUAUAAAUUCUAUAACUUGUGAUACCAUUUAGUAAAUUUCUUAUGUUGUUUGGAUUCUUAUAGUUACUUUAAAAGCUUGGUUAUUUAUACAACUCUGUUAUUCAAUGACAGAGACAUUAUAAGAUUCAAACGCACGGUUCAACUGAAUAAAUUUUCAUAAAAUUGG